AUGUCCCGACCAGCACCCGCGGAAACGCUGCCUCCAACAGCACGCGCCAUUGCUCUGAUCCUCGCGUCCACUCCGUCCGUGCAGGACGCGCAGCCCGGUGUCCUGCACCAGCUGCUCGAGUUCUCCCACCGGUACACCUCGCAGGUCCUUUCCGACGCGCUGGUCUACGCGGAACAUGCUGGAAGAUCGGGCAAGAUAAGCCAUGACGACGUCGUCCUCGCCAUCCAGGCGCGUGUCGGCUGGGAGUUUGGUGGGAGAGUUCCCAAGGAGUACCUCCUUUCUCUUGCAACGCAAACAAAUUCUGUUCCCCUGCCGCCUGUUCCGGAGGUCUUUGGCGUCCGUCUCCCUCCAGCGUCGGACUGUCUCACCGCAGUGGACUUUGAUCUCAUCCCCAACAAGCCCCCACCGACAGAGACCAUCUACGACGAGGAAGUCGAGGAAAUCGAGGAAUCCGACUCGGAGGAGGAGGGCGAUGAAGAGAUGGAGCCCGCCGCCAUCCCCUCUGCCGAACAGGACGACGGGGACGUGAGCAUGGUGUCUCAUCAGGGUGGCCCAGUAAACGCCAUUACCCCAUCGGACGCGGAUAUCAUGGGUACUCCUGCAGGCGGGAACGCAGACGAGGGCAGCGACGAAGAGGAUGACGGGCUCUUUGCAGGUGGGGACGAGGACGAGGGCAGUGCGGCGGACGAACCGAUGGAGGACGCUCUGGCGACGUCGCAGCCCAACGGGCUGAAACGAAAACUCGUAGAGGAAGAGGACUACGACUAG